AUGGUUAUUGAAAUUCAGUUGAAACUGAGUCAUAACCUUGUCAAUUUGUGUAUUCUACAUGUUUAUAUAACCACCCUGGUGGAAGAAAAUCGUUUGGCUAAAAGAAAAAAAGAGUCUACUUUCCAUCAACCAGUGUACCAAGCUAAUGCUAAAGAGUCACUUCUCGAACAAGUUCUUGCAUCUGAAGAUUAUCAAUUAUUUGUUCAGUUAAUGAUACAAAAGAACAAUGAAUUACAGCUACAAGUUAUUAUGAUGAUAGUAAAGGCUAGAGGAGAUUUACCUGACAGUUUGAAACAAGAAGGUGACAAAACUGAUGUAGAUGAAAAUGAAGGUGAAGAUGCAAUAUUGAGGGCUGUUUUGAGCCAAUCUAAAUCUGACUAUGAAGAGGAAUUGAAGCAAAAUAAAGAAGCAGAGAAACAGUAUAAUGCAAUAAUACUGAUAUCAAAAGAAGCUUCUAGUAAGUUGAAACAUGAGGUUGAUAAAGAGAGAGAAAAAGUCAAUGAGCACACUCCUUUUCUGGAUGUCGGAUUUCUUGCAGAUGAGAUAACAGAGCUUGAAUUACAGUCUGUGAUGCAGCAGCAGUGUUUUCAUCAGAGUGUGAACUACGUAAAACAGAAAAUAACAAAACAAAACAAAAAUAGAUUGUUUAACGGGUUAAACCCCGGGUUCAAUAGUGACAGUGACGACCCAUCCAGUGAUGAAGAGACAGAUGAUAAUGAUUCAAAUUCUAAACGAAAACUUUCUUUUAAAGAUAAGUCUUUUGUUAUGUCUAGCCGGCAUUGCAUCAUGAAUUAUCUUGAAGAUGCGUCAUUCAUGAAUCUCGAAAUUGUUGCUCAAUAUAUACUGAACAAAGACGAAUCUGAAUCUGUUGUAACUGUAGGAAUUGAUGAUACAACAAAGGCUGCAGGUCAUAAGUUAUUUGACAUUAAAACUGAUCAUUUAACAAUUGCUGGGCCGAAUCACUAUAGAAAGUCAUUUACAACAGGGUAUAUUGAAAAUGUAUCCCACUCUGGAAAGGACGGUGCAUGGGCAUAUGGUAUGAAACUACAAUGCCUAGCCACACUCUCAAACAGUACAGUUGAUGAAAUUAAAAGUCAUAUAGACUUUUGGAUCUCUGAUCGGGCAUCUGAUUGUAAAGUGCUUUUGGAGAACUUGGAUAUUGCUUCAGAAAAGACUUUGAAAUGUACUGCCCAUGUAGUUCUUGGAGUUGACUACGCCAAAGAUAAAGUAUUCCGUAACACAGAACAGCACAUUGAAAUGCAAAAUUUGAUUGAUUGUGGGAAAAUCUUGAAAUCACCUUCUUCGAGUGUAUUUACAGUUGGUUUGAUUGCUAUUGCAAAGUUGCUUUCACCUAGCCAUUCUGCACACUCGGUCUCUUUAUACAAUCAGUAUAUGGAAUGGAUGACUGUCAACGAUGUAGAAAAUAAACGCAGUUUCAAAGGUUUUGCAUCUAAUCGGUUUGGACGUAUAGCCGAGCUGGCCAAGGAAUUUUGA